AUGCCCGCUUUGCUUCGGCGAGGGGGACUCCUGCCAGCCGGGGCUGUGAAGGCCUCGUGUCUUUUUACGAGCUUGUCUGUCAGUUUCCAAACCCGUGGAGCCCGAGGUUCACCGUCAGAACGAAAGCGAGGCGGGGAGGCGGGAGUGCCCUCUGCGGAGGGUGACAGUUCAGGGGAGACCCCGGGUGACGUGAAGAUGCCCGGUCCCGUGGGACGCGGAUUCGUCCUCUCUUCGCCAUCGGUUUCCCCCCGGAGCCCUUGUGUGGCUGAGCGAGACGGGGACCCCGAACGGCGCAGGCGGCCGACUGCCCCGGAACCGGACAACAUCGGAAACCUCGAGCACUGGGUCUGGGUGGGGUGUAGGGAUGACCAUAGAAAGCUGCGCGGAGGCCAGAGCGACACCAUCGAGAGCGGGGCGGCUAGAGGGGCCGCUGCCUCGCCCCGGCCGGUGUCCCCGUCCCGGCCCCGCCGCUACCUCCUCAUCGACACCCAGGGCGUACCCUACACAGCGCUGGUGGACGACCAGGCCCGGCGCGCGGCUGCGGCCCCGGGUUCCGCCGGCCAGAAGAAGAGCUACCGUUGCCCGGUGUGCUCCCGCGCCUUCGAGUACCAGUCUUACCUGCGGCGCCACAGCGUCGCGCACUCAGAGGCCAAGCCAUUCUGCUGUGACGCCUGCGGCAAGGCCUUCAAGCGGGCCAGCCACCUGGCGCGGCACCGUGGCACGCACCGCGCCGGCGUUGGCCGGCCCCUCGGCUGUCCUCGCCGCUUCCGGGACGCGGGGGAGCCAGCGCGGCGCGACCGCGCACACUCCGAAGAGUGCCCGCUCCAGUGCCCGCGCUGCCCGCGCCGCUUCACGGAGCAGAGCACACUGCAGAAGCACCGGCGGUGGAAGCACCCGUGAGCUGUCCCCGCAUCCCGGAGGCCGCGGGACCGAGGGGCCUGCACGCCCCGCCCCAGCUCUCCCGGUCCUGGACACCGACACUCGCGGGACUGUGCCCAAGCGUGAGCCCCGUCCAGCCACGAAGCCCGGGCGGUGUAGAAAACUGCGGCCUCCCAGAAGCCGACGGGCGCGGGGGGGAGGGGGGGAGGAGGGGCGGGGUACCUGUCCAGGCCGACGUCGGCGUCCUGGACCUGCGCGGCCAGUCUACUAGUCAGAGAGACUCGCCCCGGCCUCAGCUCGCCCCGCCAGGGGGAGCAAGGGCCUCAGCCCUGAGGCCUAGGCGGCUGGGCUGGGGAGGAGGGAGUGCCUCCUGGGGCCUGUCUCCCUCCCAAGAUCUGGGUCACCAAGCAGGGUUUCUCAGCCUCGAUUCGGGUCACCAAGCAGUGUUUACUAGAUUCGAUCCGGGUCACCCAGGCAGUGUUCCCCAGCCUCCAUCCUGGUCACCCAGACAGUGUUCCCCAGCCUAGGUUUUUAUUAUAACACAGUACACAAGUUCACAAAACGUGUGUAAAGCCAG